CUUGGAAACUCUCCGUUAUAAUAGCCCAAAUGAUAUUCGACAAGCAGCCGUUAUCUACGCAUGUAUCAAGGCUGGAUAUCAGUGCCUUUUCGCCUCCCGCUGCAAUCGACUCCCCGUCAUGCAAUCCCUUCUAACAGCCGUCUCCUGUCAAAAGAUACUCGCCGUCGGCAUCAGAAUGAACAAAAUUCCUGCCAUCACCGAAGUAUAUCCAAUCACAGCUUACCAUGCUCCGAGCAUUGAGGUUCUACUCACAGAGGACUUCCCGCAUUUUUCUUACACGAAGACCGUUGAACAGGCAAAAGAUGAUCCAUUUCUCGUUCUACAUACCUCUGGAAUAACAGGCAUGCUGAAGUCGAUGACCUUGCGAAAUAAUUGGCUAGCAACAUAUUCAGUUAGUUUACAAGCACCGACACCAGUUGGGCUAAGUCGAUCCACUCGUCUCAAACCCCAAGUACCUCGAUAUCGCAACGACAAGAACAAUGAAGUGUAUGAAGCAUAUAUUAUGCGAGAUCCAGAAAACGACGUAUAUAUCCAGUCCGUUUUCACGUCGUCCACCUAUUUGAGGGAGAUUCCGACACGAGGCCUGUUUGUCAAGCAUGUGAAGAUCGAGGGCAUGUUCAAGUGGGCUGGCAGAGUGGAUGAUACGAUAUCGCUGUCCAUGGGCGCAAAUCUCUCACCUAUAGCGAUGGAAAAUGGACUUUCGCGACAUCCUGAUAUUUCUGGUGUGUUGAUGGUUAGAAACGGGCGGCCGAGACCGGUGCUAGAUGUUGAGCCGCGGGAUUCCACUCUGAGGAUAGGAUUAUUGGAUAGGAUAUGGGGAACCGUUGGAAAAUUGAGCUCGGAGUAUUUUGAGGAUGAUAGGAUUAGGAGGGAGGAUGGUAUUGUUACGGAGGAGAAAGGCCGAUGGUAAGGGCAGAUAAAGGGACGGUGAGGAGGGAGAAAUAAGACUGUGGAGGUGUAUAAGCGGGAGUUGGACUCGUUGUAUUAACCAAGACUAAACGGAGUAUCUCAGGCUG